AUGAUACGACCAACAAGAAUAUUAUUUCAACAAAUCAGGAAUCACAAUAGUCACCACAACUCCACCAACAUAGCCAAAGCAAUACUUGGAGAUGCCAUUACUGAUAAAUCACAAUUGCGACAAUUGAUGCAAGAUAAAACAUGGUCAAUUAAGCAAUUACUAAAACAACGAGCUAUCAAAUUACAUAAUCAAGAACUGCAGAAUUCAAACGGAGACAAUGGGAACACUGGUGGCUCUUCUGAUGGAUCUGACGAUGGUGGUGGGUCUGAGAUUACUGAUGAUUUGAUUGUGAAAAUCAUUGGUCUUUCAGGAUUCGAGAACCCAGGAUUGAACUCAGCCCGAUUCGAUGAGUUGAGACAUGCUUUCAAGUUACAAAAGACGUUUCUUGAUCAUUUAUACGACGAGACUACCACCUCCACGGGUCCUACCAGAAUAGAAAACAAGUUGCAAGAUAACGACAAUGAGUCAACGACUUGUGUCAUGGAAGAAGAAGAAACUGCUACUGCUGCUGCUGCUGCUGCUGCUACCGCAUCUGGUGCUUUAUCUACUGGGACUGGCAACGAUAUUCAAUUUCGAUUAGUUGCUAGUGAUCAUUUACCUACUGAACCGAUUACAUUGACGGCAUUGUUGCAUAGUAUUGAUGAGUUGAGUAGUCAAGUUGAUCCAGAAAAGGGUGAGUUGGGGUUUGAUUUGAGUAGGCUUCGGAGUACGAAUGGGAGGGAAAACACAAGUCAAUGA